GCAACGUGAGGAAGAAGAAAGGUGAGAGAAGGAGGGAGGGAGAGAGAGAUUGUGCGUGUUUUCGUGAGAGACAAUCGUCACACAGAAGAGAGGAGAAUGGCCACAAAGAUCCAAGAUCCACAUUCAAACCCCAAUGCCACGACGGCGAACCCCUCCUCCACCUUAUUCAUCCGCGGCGGCGCCGGCGACUCGCAUUCCCACCACCGCCGGUCCCACUCGGAGGUCAAUUACAGGCUUCCGGACGACAUGAUGGGCCUCUCUCCGCCGGAUCCGUUGAACGGCGGAUCCUCAACGGCGAGCCUAGAGGAGAUCGGAUCCGAGGACGACCUGUUCUCCACCUACAUUGACGUCGAGAAGCUUGGAGGAGCCACGGACGGGUCGGGUCGAGGCGGAAAUGGAUCGGAUCAGAGCGGUUACUGCAACGGCGUUGCCGGUACGAGCGGUCACAACGACGGAGAGAAGAGUCCGAGCGCCGCCGUGCAGAGGCCGAGGCAUAGGCAUAGUAGCUCCGUUGACUGUUCCACGUCGACGAGCAUGUUUGGGGAGAUCAUGGAGGCGAAGAAGGCCAUGCCUCCUGAUAAGCUCGCCGAGCUAUGGGCCAUUGAUCCAAAACGUGCCAAGAGAAUACUUGCCAAUCGGCAAUCUGCUGCACGUUCCAAAGAGAGAAAGGCCCGCUAUAUGCAAGAACUUGAGCGCAAAGUUCAGACCCUUCAGACUGAAGCCACAACUCUUUCUGCUCAAUUGACACUGUACCAGAGGGACACAUCUGGUCUGAGUACUGAAAAUACCGAGCUUAAGCUCCGGCUGCAGGCGAUGGAGCAACAGGCACAGCUUCGUGACGCUCUUAAUGACGCCUUGAUGAAGGAAGUUGAGAGGCUUAAGGUUGCUACAGGGGAGGCGAUGAACCCCUCUGAGUUGAAUCUGGGAAUGCACCAGAUGCAAUUUGCAGGGUCAAAUUUCUUUUCAAUGCCGCCACAUUCAGGUCCUUCUGGUCAUCAUCAGAACUUACAGUUUCCUCCAUUUGGUCACUCCCCGUCUAGUGCGCCAACCCAUCAGAUGCAACAAACAAAUUCUCAUCAAAUCUCAGACAUGUUGCAAAAUGACCAGCUUGGUCGUUUUCAGGGACUUGACAUUAGUAGCAAAGGAUCAACGCUGGUGAAGUCUGAAGGCCCCUCAAUAUCUGCAAGUGAGAGUAGCACAACAUUUUGAAAUUGACCUAAACUCCUUGACCUGCUGACUUAUUUAUGGCAUUCCCUUCUCUUCAAUUGUCUAUAUUGUUGACAUCUAGUCAUCUCAAGAAGGUGCUCUUUCAUUAUAAAUUCCAUUUAGAUUAAGAAUUAAUUCUAAAUUGUUUAUUUUUAGGGAUGCUCCCCAGAAAAGGGAAGCACCCUUGAGGGUUUUGUCACAAAAGUUCAUGCAAUCAAUCAUCUUGAAGCAUGGCAUUUUGUGUUUGUGGGUUUUAGAAUAUUGGGAAUGAAAGGUCAUUCUCAUUGUAUCAUUUACUAUAUAUAUGUACAACAGUGAUUGGUUGUUAUGUACUUGUGUUCCAUUUCAAGGAUAUGUAAGAUGAAUUAUCACCCAA